AUGCAGAGACGGCGCCAGCACCUGGCAUCCUCGGGCAGCUGUCAGGGCCCAAAACCUUUGCGAGGGGAAAAGAACUGUCAGUGUAAAUGGAAAGCAGAAAUUCUACACUCUCACAAAGGAGAAGGGUCCAAUGGUAGCCACUAUUUCUGCCUCCCCACCCUUUUUUCUCUUGUAGGUGCCCAGGGAGGUUUAGUUGCUCGGGCCCUCCUAGAUGACAAUGUUAAUGUUCAGGCUGUGACCUGCAAUCCCAGCCAGCCGGCAACUUAGACCCUCCUUAGCUGUGGAGCUGAAGUGGUGAAGGGAGCUGAUAACCCAAUCACAAUGGAAGAGUCCAUGGAGGGAGCAUAUGGGGCCUCUGUGAUCACAACAUCCCUUGAUGAUUUCAACAAGUAGCAAGAAAGCUGUCAAGGUAAGAAAGCUGCAGAUGUCGCCAAACAGCGGGGUUUGAAACAUGCUGUCUUCAGCAGAUUGGACCAUGUGGAGAAACUGAUAGGCGGGCCUUUGAAGGUACCAUUUUAUGACAGCAAGAGAGAAGCCGAGGUCCUCUACUGGGAACUAGGAGUGCCCUUCACAAGCGUGUGGGUACCUUGCUACUAUGAGAACUUCCUGAACUUCUGCUACCCAUGCAGGGAGCCAGGGAAAGAUGCUAACACUGUAGAUACGGAGCAGAGUGUCUGUGCAGAGGAUACUCUCUCUCUCCCUCUCUCUCUCUCUCUCUCUCAUGCACACACAGCUGUUAUGCUUUUAACAGCAGUAUGCCAGACUGAAAUUUAGGCACAUGGAAGUUUCCCUGCCACCUACCUCCAUACCAGAUAAAGGCUUUGCCUGCUAACUUUCUGUCUGUCAAGCUGUUGUUACAGGAGCAGGAGCAAGACCCAUGAAAGCGGUGGCACACGUGUGUUUAAUUUUAUUUAUUUAUUUAUUAUUGCAUUUAUAUCCCACCAUAUCCAAUUAUAUGAAAACCUCAAAGUCAUAUGCCAAGGUAACAUACAUGGCAACUUUUGUAAUAAUUUUUAUUAAACAUAGUCUACUAAGUGAAAUAAUUGUAGUCACGUCUCAUACAACUGCAUCAAAUACAACCAUCUGCUAUUUUAUUAUCAAAGCCUAGAUUAUAUAUUAAAACAAGAAUGUGUCUGAUUCACCUCUUAGCAUAGUAAAUGUAUCAAUAUUAAAAACAGCAUUUGCUGUGAACACUGUUUGUAAUCUAUAAAUGUGGAAAUAGGGAGUAGUGAUGUACAAGUCUGAUUUGCAAAUCUAGUUUGUGUCCAAAGGACACCACAAAGAUAGAAAAAUGCCUUCCAUUUCCAGUAUAAUGAUUUUAAUUGAGCUGCAUUGGGGUCAGCAAAAUCAUGCGUAACAGAAUUAGCUAUGGGGCCUGAUCUCUGGAACCAGCCAAACUGGGUGCAGAAGUGGGUAUCUUUCCCACACCAGACAAUAGUGUUCUAUAAGGGAGAGCAGUGCACAUAAAAGUGUUUGUAGAGGAAAUACUUCUGGAUGUCUCAAGCAAAUGAGCCAUCCAGAUGAGAGAAAAGGUCCCUGACUCCUUUUCAUCAAUUCAUAGAAAAAAGUAUUGUGAUCCUUUUUUAAAAUAUAAUUUUAUUAAAUUUCCAUAUAUAAGCAUGCAUUCAUGAUGUGCCCUCCUUAUGCAGACUGCAUGCUUAAAAAUUAGGGCUGUGCUCUGUAGUCGGCCGAGACUCAUGUCCUGCUAGCAGGCUUCUCAUCAGCAUCUAGGUGGCCACCGUGAGAACAGGAUGCUGGACUAGAUGGGCCUUUGGCCUGAUCCAGCAGGACUCUUCUUCUGUUCUUAUCCAGGCACCCUUUUUUCUUCCUAAUUGAUCAGUACUAUUAUUUAUUUAACAAAUUUAACAAUGAAAGGAAAGAGAAAGAAAAUAAUAAAAUUCUGAAGGUACAAAAAAAAAUUAAAGACAAAAUAUAAUAUAUGGAUACUAAUAAUAAUAACGAUAAGCCAUCAUCAGUUUAUAUUAUGGAUACAGCACCCAUCAGUACAUGCAUCUUGAGUUAAGCACAUAAGCAAUGGAGGCUUGUGGCUCUGUUGUCAAUGGGGCAGUGAAUCCGCUCCAGGUCUUAGUUCAAACUUUCAAGAAGCUCCUUGAAAGUUUGGAAUACAACCGAGAGUGGAUGCAGUGCCCCACUGACAUCAGAGCCACCAGCCUCCACUGCGUAUAAAUUAAUAUAAGCUCAGCAGAUGUCCAAAUAGGUAAUCUUCUCACAACUGAUGUCUAUAUGAAAUAUGUUCAAAUGUAGCCAGGGCAGUGAGGCUUUCAGUCCAUUACAUAAUAGACAGUGGGUAUUUAUCCUUCCAGUCUCAAAAUAUGUCUAGUAGCAACAAAAAGAGCUUGCAAAGUCCACUUUUGUUGUCCUGCUGUUAACCCCCAUACUUCAGGAAUAUAAUUUAAGAGUGUAUAAACAACUGCAAAUAUCAAGAAUUUUUCCAGUACAAAAUUAAUAUGGAUAACAACUUCAAACCAGAAAAAAUAUAUCACUGGACAAGCCAACACCAUAUGCCUCAAUGAGACAUACUCUGCAUUACACCUCUAACAUCUAUCUGUAUUACACAGUGCCUUCCUAUACAAAUGUUGUGUAGUCCAAUAUACUCGAAGUAUUAACAUAUGCUGAAUCAAUCUCAAUUUCAGGUCUGAGGAAACAUUCCAUACAGAUAAAGCAAUUUUCCAUUGUUUGGGUAGUAUAAUACAUUUUAAAUCCUUAUUCUGUACCUCUCUGAGUGCCUGAACUUCUCCUUUUAA